ACUGGAAGCUGGACGCGGACCGGAAUCUCUACCCACAGCAAAUUUGUUUCCUUCUUGCACGUACGAAUGCGAGAAUAUUGAAUGCGGUUUCUGCAUGACAAAACUUUCCUUCGACCCUAUCUGGCAUGACAAAUAUUUAUGCGUCUAAAGAAAAAGGUGGCGAAAUUUGUGAUGCAUUUUCGUUUACGAGGACCGACGUGCAGUGCUAGUGUACAACUAUGCGGGGAAAAAUCUAAAUUUGUGUUGCAUAACCUCCCGGAUGACUGGCUUUUCGUCCCGAACAGCUGGGGCCAGGACUCGCCGAAACACGGCCCGAGCACGGACCACCAUAUGGCGUUCUCAACUGUUACAUUCUCAACUGUUGCGCGGAUUUGUCAUGCAAAAUUGCCAGCAGUUUCCACUUGAUCAAGGUCUAUUUGUCGGGAGGGUUUUUGCAUCGCGACCAAUGUCGAAGCUUGGGCUCCAGGGGGAAUAUGGUCUUAGAGCAGUUCCGACAUUUCUCAUUUUGCGUUGUCUCACAUGCGACGCUUCAUCCAAAAAUCACACUAAAAACAGAUGGAGGAAGGACGGCGCGCGGCUUUCGCCACGCGCUGCCCUUCCUCGCGCCAACCCGGGACGAGGAGUGUUGAAGAGUGUUCUCUACCCGGAUAAUCGCGAUAAGCAGCCUGUACCUGGAGACUGGUUGAUACGCAUGUCGCUCUCGGUGUGUUCUCGGAGCGCGUCCUCUCUGCUCGGAAAUGCCGUUCAAGUUACGCGACGCGCUUUUUCUUCUCGGUCAAAUGUAGUACUUGGUCCACUCGGAGCGCCGUAUGUUCUGUUGCUGCUCGUGUCCUACACGGAGGUGCUGCGGUUGUACAAGGCCUCGUCAAGCAGCACUAUCAGGAGUGCCAGCCAUCGAAUCGAGAUGACCAUGCUUUUACUAGGAGGAACGGCAACAACGUGCGGACACCGACGACGACCAGACUCGGAACUACCAUGAAUCGGUGGCGCAAUACGGAAGUAGCUACGGACGAAGGGGCUUGAGAGGUAAAGGGGAUUGCCGGCUACCCUCAAUAGGUAAGUUCCGUCGCGACUCCGGCUUACGACCCCCGUCCCCCCUCCCACCCUUUGCUUCUGUUGCAGAAUAAGUCAAGGGCUGCACUAAGACCGCCACGCACAAUCUAAUCCUUUAAGUUGUCGCUGUGCCCCAGGUGGGUUGCCAGUCAGCAGUGACAAACAACUGGCCAAUGGUUUGACAUCUCCGGUCCGCGGCACUUGCCUUUUUCGUCCGUGCCGCAGGUAAGGCACAAAUGGUCCAGCCUCCCCUGUCUGGGUGGGGUUGCGGCUUAAGGGAGAGUCUCGCCCCUUAGCCCAAAGGGGUACGUCGUCUCUUCCGUGAGAACAAAAACUUAUGGCGUAAAAUGGGUCGGGUCCUGGAUCGUUCUGUAUGCUGGGCUGUCGCGCUCGGCUAGCUGGCCGGGCUGUACUGAUCAGGUGUGGUGGGUAGCUCCCGACUGGUUGGCACUUCUAUUGGGGCGACUUGCCGUGGUAGCGCUCGGCUUUUGUAUGUGGAGGUCGCCGAAAGUGCUUCCUCGCCCACCCCCCGGGGAGGGGAUCCUUGACCUGUGGCGCUGGGUGCGGGUGUCCACUACAUGAUGAUGAUGAUGAUGAAGGUGCUUAGCAUGACAAAUUUUCGAAGGGCUAAACAGUGCGAUAAUCUGUGACAAAUCUGUGAUGCGAAAGCUGCAAUAUUGCCACUUUCACUGUUAUUGUUCUUGCAUUACAAAUCCAUGUAACAGUUGAGAAUGUAACGUUUGAGAACGCCAUACACCAGGACGGCAUGUUCGGGGGGUGGCAGUACGCCCCGAUGUGGCAGGGAUGGAACGAACCAGACCAGGCGGGGAUCUGCUAUGAAGAACUGCUCAAACGUCACAAUCUCAAAUCGGUUACCAUAGAAUCUUCUGGGUUUUGUUGUAUUGCAUGAUGAGCAUGACAGACUCAGACAGCAUUCCACUUUCUGCAAUACAAACUUCGCCAGCUUAUAGUGCGGAUUGGGACCACGACCACUCCAGAACUUGUCAUGCGCAAUCCUAUGAAAUUUGCCGAAAUGAUGCACUUUUUGCAACACAAAUUCCAGACUCUAUUGCAACGUUUGAGAUCAUUGUAACACCUGAGCAGGUUAUAUCUGCGUGUCGGACCCGGGAAUCGUGU